AUUCAUUUGUUAUGUCUACUGUGGGCUUGGAGUGGAUUCGUGGAACAAUCCUCCUUUAGAAUACCAAUAGUACUUAAAGCAUCUUGCGAGUCAGGCACCAUGUGGGAUUAUGGGAUUGUCCUGGCGGACGCUGUUGCCUAUGCUACUUUAGGAUUUUGGGAUUGCCGAACACUCUCUUACCAAAACACUUUCUCAUAUGGCAGUCCCUUCCUAUUAUUUAUAACAAAGUAGUGGAAUUUGCUUUUGUUUGUCAAAAUAUACUUUAUUCAGUUAAAUCCCUUACUGUUGUGGACUGUUUUCAGGUGGAGUCCCUCAAGUCGACCUUCAGGUCGGGAAGCAGAACAUAUAUACUCGACUGACCCCUGCAGAGACUGUUGGUGAAGGUGGAGUCCCUCAAGUCGACCUUCAGGUCGGGAAGCAGAACAUAUAUACUCGACUGACCCCUGCAGAGACUGUUGGUGAAGCUAUCCUUGACCUGCAAAUAAGUGCCGCAAAAGAAAUCUUUGUUGAAGCUGAAGCCUUUAGAACUGCAAAACUAAAGCUGAAGGAAUUUGGCCAUGUCACCAUCUGUGGUGCUUCAGGAGAAGGGAAAACCACAAUAGCCCUCAUGUUGGGCUCACCGUACAGAAGAAAAGGGUACAAGCUUGCAUUUGUGGACAGGAUUGAUCAGUUUGACUUUGAUAGCUUCUUGAGUUCAUCACCUAGAGUAUUUCUUAUCAUAGACGAUAUGUUUGGAUCGGUUGGACUAUCUACAGAUGUUUCCCAGCUGAAACUAUUUCUGAGUAAGCUUGUUCCUCACUUACAGCGAUGCAAGAAGGAUUUAGAGAAACAAUAUUCACUCAGAAAUCUUCCAGCUAAGAAAGGAGGAGAAAAGGAGGCUAGUGGAGUUUCUGACCCAGCACAACAACCUUCGAAGGAUAUCCGUGUUGUGUUCACAUCCAAGACCUACAACUUCCACGAUGGGCUUGCCCAGAUGCAAUAUGAGGGGUUCUCGUUGUUCAAGGGACAAACAGUGAUAGAUAUGACAACACAAACGAAACACAGAUAUACUCAAGAAGAGAAGAAAGCAAUAUUUGAGAAACACAGGAACCUCCACAAUAAGUGUUCUGAUGAAGGUAAUGAAAAUGACACAGAUUAUGAAGACGUGCUACAAGGCGGCCUGUGGGACGCCGAUUCUGUGUUUGGAUAUCCACUUACUUGUGAACUAUUUUUCAAAUUUUCAUUUUUUUCCAAACAUAUGAUGAACUUUUUCAAGGAACCACUGUUUUAUCUUAGAUUAGAACUUAACAGCUUACUGAAAUCAAAAACUGAUCGAUCAGCCAUAUUGGUUCUUAUGCUACUGUGUGAGGAGAAGUUAGAUUUGGCCAUGUUGGAAUCAGCAGGAAAAGACAAUGCACUGGACAAUAUGAUUGGAAAUAUGUUAAAAUUGUUCCCAAUAGCUUCACGUUUAGGAAUGUACGAAGCAGCAAAGAGCUUCAGAGGAACAUACUUCACCCGUGGAGAUACUGUUGGAUUUGCCAACUCUUCGAUCUAUGAUGCCUGUGCUUGUGCGUUGUAUGACAUCAGUCCAACAUUUGUGCUGACUCAUUGCAGUGACAACUUUAUAUAUGAGAGAGUGCAACCCCAGCCAGUAUCAGAAACCGUGAUUGAUGAACACCUUCAUGUCAUCUACAUCUCCGAAAUUUAUUAUGACAUUCUGACCACACGGCUUGCAAAGUCAAUAAAAGAUGGGCAUUUUUCUAAAUCAGUGACACACCCAAUUCUCCGGCAAGACCAAAUAGUUCUUCAACUGCUUGAAAAACUUCGGUGUGAUGAUUCCAUGGAAGAAAGUUGGUUUCACAAAAGAGAAAUGGGGCAAGGUUUCCUAUUCUGGACUGUACUUGGACAUAGUUCAAAGUUUGCCAAAUAUAUAGAAAAGAAAACUGGCGAAGAAUUUACGCAAAAAGAAAUCACAGAAUCCUUUGAAGGUUGUGUAUUGAAAAACAACGUGACAUUGUUAAAGUGGCUUUUCUCAAGAUGUGAACAUCCAGUUGCUGGUGUCACCAUGAAUAGCUUGCUUUUGCUGUCUGCUAGACAUGGAAGUUCUGAAACACUUCUUUAUCUAUUAGAAGAGGGUGGCGAUACAGUCACUACAGCUGACAAUUACAAGACCAUCAUACAUAAAGCGUGCAGGACAGGACAGCAGAAGAUACUAAAUGUGUUAAAAGAACACAAUAGCGACCUCUUUAAGACUGUUGUAAUGAAGUCUGUAGAUGAUGAAGGCAGGACUCCACUCAUGGAAGCAGCACAGGCAGGAUCAAAUGACUGUUACCAGAUUUUACAAUCAAUAUCAAACAAGAACAAAACGGACGAACCCGGGAAUGCAAUAGAACACUGUGCAUGUUUAGGUGGUAACAUUGCUGAAGUACAAGGUAUCCUGUCAUCUUCUAACAUCAAUAGCAGAGGACAAGAUGGACUUACACCAGUCAUGGUAGCAGCUUGUCAAGGGCACAAAAGUGUGUUUGAUCUCCUCGUGUCAAAGAAGGCUGACCUGACACUGGUGGAUGACCAUGGUGACAGCUUACUUCAUCUGGCCUGUGGUGGUGGUAACAUAGCUAUAGUACAACAUGUCUUGACACCUUCUAACAUCAAUAGCAGAGGACAGUAUGGAUGUUCACCAAUCAUGGUGGCAGCUCGUAAAGGGCACCAAAGUGUGUUUGAUCACCUCGUGUCAAAGAAGGCUGACCUGACACUGGUGGAUGACCAUUGUAAUAGCUUACUUCAUCAUGCCUGUGCUGGUGGUAACACAGCUAUAGUACAACAUGUCUUGUCACACGCUAACAUCAAUCCCAGAAGAUAAGAUGAACAAACACCAGUCAUGGUAGCAGCUUGUAAAGGACACCAAAGUGUGUUUGACCUCCUCGCAUCAAAGAAGGCUGACCUGACAGUGGUGGAUGACUAUGGUGACAGUUUACUUCAUCUGGCCUGUAUUGGUAGUAACACAGCUAUAGUACAACAUGUCUUGUCACCCUCUAACAUAAACUUAGGUGGAAACAGUGGUGUGACUCCAGUUGUGAUUGCAGCUGUUUAUGGCCGUCAAAGAGUGUUUGACCUCCUGGUGUCAAGGAAUGCUGACCUGACACAGUGGAUAGCAAUAGUGAUAGUUCACGCCGUCCUGCCUAUUGUGAUGUCAAGACGGUAAUAGUAUGGCUGCCCGUACCACCUCCGUACAGUGGUAGCUGAAGGAAUAAAAGCUGCUCACAUUACAUUAUGAACCACAAUUGUAGCGCAUGUUUUCAAAGAAGAAAACCUGUCAAAUAUACGUUUUAGCUGCAGACAGGCGUCAGAGCAACAUGUAGCUCCCAGUCUCUUAGUACAUCAUAAGCAUGUGUGAAAGUUUACGCGAAAAGGCGGUUCCCGUCACAGUUCCACCCACCCCAACACGCACGCACGCACGCACGCACGCACGCACGCACGCACGCACGCAAGCACAAAAACACACUCACACUCUUUCUUAAAAUGACGUUUCUGGGAACAUGUGUAGCUGUUUAAUCUGGUUCUAACCAUAUAUUCUCAACAUGUUUGGUAGUUGCCUUCACAUUUUAUUAAAACUGUCAUCGGCAUCAUUUUUCUUUUGAAAAUAGUUUCGUGAAAGAUAUAUUAAGUGUUUUCUUAAAAUCACAUCAAAUUAAAUGUUUAGAACCAAUUUUACUACCUCGGUUUAUAUACUUCCUGCUGGCUAGGUUGAGGAGUGAAGAAUUCACGACCAAAACAUACAGUUCUGAGGUUGAAACUGAUUGUUUGUGAUGAGAGGUAGUUUAGACGUUUUUCAGUACCAUCAUAUGAUUGACAAUGUUCUAUUCAUAGAAGACAUGAAGAAUAGUCUCUCCUUCCAUCUUACAAAACGAGGAUUUAUUUGUACUGACUACAUUCUCAGGGGUUCUUUUAACACAAUAAUGUGAAUGAAUCUAUAUUUGAAAUCCAGAAGUUUAAUAUGUUUGGUACUUGUUAUAAUUUGUGUAUACAUAUGUUUCCAGUUCAGAUCUUCAGACAUAAUCUAUGGCGCAACCUUUGUGAAAGUAUGUUUUCAAGUUGUGUUCAAGUAACUGGGUCCCAAAUAUUCUACAAUGUUUAAUUUUUACAAACAGGUAUUUUGCUGGUGCGAUAGUAUCAGUAUUAUAGUUCACUGAAACUGAACUGUCAUGGUUUUUGAUAUAAGUGUUACCAUUCUAUAAUCUAUACAUGUUAUUAGUAUUGAGAUAUCUGAAGUAAAAUUUAUACCGGAUUGGUAAAAUAAUCUUACUACUCAGUUAUGUGCGGUUACGUUCAUAAUCAUAUUGAUAUUCGGUCGCAAUGAAUGAUGUUUACACAAGUUUAGAACAUUGUUAUUGAUUGUUAUCAUACCGAUAUACUAUCACAUUUGUCAUUACAUUUUGCCUAUAUGCCUAUGCUAUUAAUGUAAAACAUCUUUGCAAACCACGUCUAUUCUAAAUAGAUUUGCAAAAGGAUGUCCAACCUUGUAUAUUCUAUAUUUUGUUCAAAGCUUCUGACCGCAGAAAACCAGGAAUUAACCAAUCUGUUAUAUGUACUUAGGAACUUGAACUAUGUGUCAUGCACGUAGUGUCAGAGUUGCCAGUGUCCGAUGUAGUCAAUGUACACUAGAUAUCAGUGUCCCGGACAGUACAUCCUAGUUUACAAUGACCCUGGACAUUGACCAUUGUAUGGACGUUAUUUCGGAGGUAUAUUUUUGUUCUUUGCAGUAAGACCUUACCCAGGCAUACUUUAAGCGCCUGGCAAAUAGGCGAGUGACGUACAUGUAUUACGAUGAGUCAAAAACUGUUUGUGAAAAUAUAACGCCAUAUUUAUUUCAAGGGCUAUUAUCUGGGUUUCCGUUUUUCAGAUUGACAACCCACUCAAAACAAUGGACUCAACCAAAGCCGCUUCACUCAAUAGCUUUGCUUUGACCAAAGAGUUUUUUUUAUUUUGUCAUGGUUGAAUUGAGAUAACGCAAAAUGUUAGGGUUCAAAUUCAAUUUAAUCUUACGAAACUGAAAACACAGUUUGUUUAUUAUCUCCUAAAUGAAGUCAUCAGUCACACCGAAAUACAGUUGACAGCAGGACACAAAAUCUUAAAACCUUUCUUUGUGUAGUUCGCUUGUAACUGAUACCCUUGUUUAUGGGGUCAUGUACAGUGACAACAUCAUAGAAUAUUUUCUGAUAAUAAUCCACACCUAUAAGAUAACAGUUAUUCUACCAUGAAUUUGGAAAUUACUCGUUUCUCGCUAUUAAAUCACAAUAAACCCCCUCUGAUUGAAAUAGCUGGUUUGACGGCCGCAUCACCGUGUUAGCUAAUAAUCAUAGAAUAAUACUUUUUUCAGUCAUUGUCGGUAGCAUAUUUAAAUCGUUAUACCUACAAUUACAGGUUACAAAUGGAAAUUGGUGCUUUUCUAUAUACGACUGUGCCGUCAUAUCUUUUGCGUCACAAUGAGCGAUAUGACGUCAUAAUGGUGACGUGCGGUGUAGAAUGAAAGACGUUUAAAGUUUGGUCAGUUUUCUUUAGGGAGGCCCACCUCAUGUUAGCUUACAAAGUUUUAGUGCAUAUAUGCUUUUAAUGCAUGUCAUAUAUUCGAGUGAAGUAUUACAGUGUAAACAACCUGCUUGAACAUCCAUGUAUACAGCGCCAUAUUUGGCUUACAGCCUGUUGUCAGGGAUUCCGUAAUUCCAAUCGACAACCCACUCAAAACACUGGACUCAACCAAUGCCGCUUAGUACAAUAUAUGUGCUGAUACCAAAGAGUUCGCGGUUUAUUUAGUCAUGGUAGAAUGGUGAUAAACAUACUGUGUUUUCAAUGCUGCACGUUCGGUUCCAAAUUCUAAUUAGCGCGGUAAAGUCUACAGGUACCCUAGCUCUACAGUGUUUAUCUCCUAAAUAUCCGUUACACUGUUCCAUACGUAUGUGGUACAAACUGAAACACAACUGAUAUCGCCUUCAGGAAUGCAUUUCAAGAUCCGAACACAUCAGGGGAUGCAUCCCUGAAAUACAUUUUCAGACAGAAAAAGAAUCAUUUUGUGGAUGGUAAACAGUAGUGGCAGUUAUUUUAUAGUUAUUUGUUGAAACUAUUAUAUCGCUCCUGAAUCGUCCCCCACCUUAAGGAAGGUACUUCGGAAUUACAGAUGAUUUGUGUCAUAUAUUGUAAAUUUACGAAUGAAUAAUCUCUCUGA